CUCACACACACUCUCCCCCACUCGAACCAUCUUGAGAGCUGGAGGCCCACCGACGAGCUUUGAUUGAACCCUCGGAAGUUCCACCGACGAGCUUCAGCUUCAGCUUCAGCUCUGCGGAUGCGUCUCCUUCACUUUGGCGCUCUCGGUAAUCCGCAAUUUUCUGAGAUGUUAGAGCUGAGUAGCAAUGGUUGAAAGCUUGGGGAAUGGUUCUUUGGUGGAUCUGGGCGAGGAGGUGGAGCUGUUGCCGCGGGAGUUCGAUCCGGAGGAGAUCUUGUGCGGGAUAAAGUCGGAGGCGAAUGGGGCCGUAGGAGAGAGAGAUCGUUCUUGGGAGGAAUGUACAUACGAUGUGUCUCACGAUUGAUAAUGGGAAAGACGAGGUUAAUGUCGAGAAGAUCGCUUAUAUGGCCGGUGUUCUAGCGAGGUAUCGGAAGUCCCUUAUUGAGAGAACCAAACACCAUCUUGGUUAUCCCUAUAAUUUGGACUUUGAUUAUGGUGUUCUGGGUCAGCUGCAAUAUUUCUUGAUUAACAACCUGGUAGUUUCAUGCAAGGUUUCUGUGGAUGAGAAGGGGAUAAGCAAAGGGUUCAGAUUCGUUCAGAUGGAGUCUGAGGAAGCCGCUUUGUUAGCGAUCAGAGGUUUGAACGGAAAGGACCUCAAGGAUGAGAUCAAGAAACUUUAUGUGCCCAAAUUCCUCGAGAAGAGUGAGAGGGAAGCAUUGGCUAUGGAAUUCAAAUGUUCAACCCUCUACAUCAAGAAUAUUCUGAGUUCUGAUAUCACAGAUGAACUUCUUCAAGACAAGUUCUCUGAAUUUGGCAAGGUCAACAAUGCUAUUGUCAUGAAAGACAGUACUGGAAAGUCUAAAGGGUUUGGGUUUGUUAGCUUUGAGUUGCCAGAACAUGCGAAGAUUGCAAUGGAAGCAAUGAACGGCUCAAAACUUGGUUCAGGGUCAAAGAUUUUAUAUGUCAGACCAGCUCAGAAUAAAGCAGAACGUGAGAAGAUAUUGAAGUUACAGUUUGGAAAGAAGCUAGAUCAACCACUGAAGAAGAACCAGGGUGAGACGGUGUAUGUGAAGAACCUUGACAUCUCAGUUGAUGAUAUCAAUGUUCUUUACUAUAAUAACAAGGUUGAGUUCUUCACAAAAAAACAUUCAUUGCUAUUUUCUUUUGCGCUUGUUCCUUUGAUUAUCCUGAUUCAACGCAUCAUCUCACUGGAUUGUCAGACUUUUGGUUCAUUUGCAUUGGUUGCAGUAGAUGCUGUGUUGAUAAUUUUUUUGCAUGUAUAUGACAAUGAUUGA